AUGAAAAAUAUUUUAAAAAAUUUAAAAGCUCGUGAAGUGUCAGUGAAAGUUGAGAAUAAUUUUAUUCGAUCUUUACAGCUUCUUGAAAGCACCAUAAAUCUUAAGAAACUGUGGAAUGGAAUAGAAAGAAGCGACUUACCUUUUUCGAGAGAUUUUAAACAGCAAACGUACAUAUUCAAAAGCAGCAAAGAUUUUGGUUGCUUACAUCAUGCUUUUAAAUAUGUAAAGUUAAAGUUAUUCACAUCUGACAUGCUGACUUUAUUUAUAACGAAUUACGAAUAA